CUGUCGGGCCGUAACCCCAUGCUGCGGGAGGCGCUGGGCAUCCGCCCGCAUGUCCUGGUGCUGAACAAGAUGGACCUGGCUGAUCCCCGCCAGCAGCUGACAGUCUUGGAGCGCCUGAAGCAGCAGGGAUGCUCGCACAUUGUCUUCACGGACUGCCAGCACGAUGCCAAUGUCAAGAAGAUUGUUCCGCUGGUUGCUGAGCUGGUGAGCAACAGCCCACGCUACCACAGGGCCGAGAGCACCGAGUACAAUGUCCUGGUGAUCGGUGUGCCCAACGUGGGCAAGUCCUCACUCAUCAACUCCCUGCGGAGGCUGCACCUCAAAAAGGGGAGAGCUACCGCAGUGGGUGGUGACCCGGGCAUCACCAAGGCAGUGCAGACCAGAAUCCAGGUCUGCGAGAAGCCCCUGAUGUACCUGGUGGACACGCCUGGUGUGCUGCCCCCAAAGCUGGGGGAUGUGGAGACGGGCAUGAAGCUGGCACUGUGUGGAGCCAUCCUUGACCAUCUGGUGGGUGAGGACAUUAUGGCUGACUACCUCCUGUAUGCCCUGAACAAGCAGCAGCAGUUCGGGUACAUGCAGCGCUAUGGGCUGGCCGAGGCCUGCGACAACAUUGAGCUCAUGCUGAGGCACGUGGCCCUCGCCCAGGGCAGGACACAGAAGGUGAAGGUGCUGACAGGCACGGGGAAUGUCAACGUGACGAUGCUCAACUACCCAGCCGCUGCCUACAAGUUCCUGCGGGAUUUUCGAGCGGGGCACCUGGGCAGGGUGACACUGGACUGA